CAACACACGAAGGACAAGCAACUGAAUCCCAACAAUGGCAGUCCAGGAGGCCAACAAGGAAGUGCCACCGGAGAAGGCGGACGAUGGCACUGGCGGAGUGGAGGCAGAUGAUGUGGCGGAACACCUGCAGGGAGCUGUGGAAGCCUCCUUCCGACUGAAGCGUAUCCUCAGUGAAGACCUGAAGGCGGCCAUUGUCCGGCACCGCGAGGGCCUGAAACGGCCUCGCUUCGAAGCGCCCCGCGUGGGGCAAGAGGAGUCCGGGCGAAUCGACCGCAUUCUCAGAAAGUGGGGCUUGCAAAGCGAGUCGGUGGUGCGUCAUGUUUUAGAAGGUCUAUCCCUCUUUGAGCUCCGUGAGUUGGAGAACUCUGGGUAUUAUCCGGACACCACCAACGAGUGGCGUGGACCUGCGGAGCUGUCAGCUGUUCACAUCGCACAGAUGCGAGAGAUGCUGGGGCCCAGUGGCGCGGCCGUGGACCCAAUCCAAGCCUUCCGUGCGCAUUGGAAUCUGGACGGCACGCAAGAAGUGCGACUGCGGCUUUUGUGCCACAAGGACGUGCGCUACGUCAUGCGGCACUACGACGGAACACGGCCGUUGGAGCAAGUCAUGGAAGAGGCGAAGCCCAAGCCGCCCUUGAAAGGCUUGACGGAAGGAGCUGCGCCCAGCUUCCCCUCGGGAUCCAAGGCCAUUGGCCGCUUCUACCGCCUGGAGAUCAUUGAUCCCACCACUGACGCAGUGGUCUUUGGCGAUGCCAACUUGUCCUUCGCACUGAACCUGGCGCGACACCGAAAGGCACUGGGCCAUGUGGGACGCAUCAUUGCGACGACCUUCGAAAACUUGGAGACGCUUCGUGAACGUUACACCGAGUCCGGGCUCCCCGCCGCGGGCGUUCGCGCGCGCGCGGAACGAAGAG